AUGCUGGUCUUUCCCGCGGAGGUGCUCGCCCUGCCUGGGCAGCUCCGCGAGGCCGUGGCGUACCCCCUCCCGCUGGAUGGCAACAAAGCGGCCCGCGAGACGCAGGAGCACUUGGACAAGGACAUCGCGGCUGCGCUCCGGGUCGCGGGCCUCGCGCGGCUGCUCGAGGACGGCCUGGGCUGCCGGAGGGACUGGGGCCUCGCGCUCAGCUCCGGGCAGAAGGCGCGCCUCUCGCUUGCGCGGCUGGUGUUCCACCGCCCCAGGGUGGCCGCGCUGGACGAGCCGGUGGCGCACCUGGACGCGCCCGCCCGCGCCCCGCUGCUGAGGGCGGCCCUCGGCGCCCUCCCGGACACGACGGUGCUGGUGAUCGGCCACGACGUGGGCGAGGAUAUCCAGGAGCUCUUCAAUUCCAGGUUCACCAUGGACGCAGAGAGCAAGUCGUUGCGCCCGCAAUGA